AUGGUCGCUCUAAAUAGAUUGUAUACACCUUACGAAUUUAGACAUGAUAAUAAGAAUAAUAAAGUUGACUUUUCCUCUCAUGAAAUUAAAUAUUUUCUUGAGAAAUUUUCACAAAAGAUAACCAAAUUCAAUUUAGUGCAUGUUUUCGGUAUAUGUGUCACUGAUAGCGAAGAUUGCUAUAGUCUUGAGCAUACUGAGAGAAGAAAAAAUAUUACACUUUCUUUCACUGAACUAAAUACGUUCGAUACUACAAUUGAAGCAGUUUAG